AUGUCUGCGACUAAUUUCACUUCUUAUGUUCUGCUGGGCCGUAACCAUCAUCUGCACGGGCUUCAUGGAGAGCGCCAGCCAAUUCUAUGCCUCUCCCUCGGCCUCUCCGAGUACGGCAUGUUCUACUGCCUCUCACCCUACCUCAGCACCUUCUACAACCGCGAAGAGCAAGCACUUUGGAUGGCUUACCUCUCUGCUGAGCCGCUCUCCCCGGCGCCGGGGGGUAGUCUCUUCGCAUUUGCGCUCCUUAAAAUGGACGGAAUCAGCAGCCUCGAAGGCUGGCGCUGGCUCUUCAUACUCGAAGGCGUCACCACCGUAGCUGUCGCCAUUCUCGUCUACUUCCUGCUCCCUGAUAAUUUUGAAUCUACACGCUUCCUGAGCGAGCCGCAUAAGGAGUUGAUGCGCACCCGUGUUGAAACCAUCAGACGCUACAACGGCCACCCGGCCGACAUCUACUCGUCCGGACUCUCCAAUUUCCUGCCGCUUAUCAUCAAGAGCUUUGGAUACGGCUCUUUGACGACGCAACUGCUCGCCUCCGGCUACGCACUGCAGAUUGGCGUGCCAUUCCAAGCCCGCAGCGCGCUGUACUUUUCAACCUUUCCCAUCGAGCCUUGUAUCUACUGUAUUCAUAGGCUGAACGCUACGUGGCUAAUGAACAGCCACGCGGGCUACUGCAAACGCGCUACUGCCAUUAGGUUGAACCAGCCCGUGGGAAAUCGUGCAGGCUUGGUCGUAGAGCAUACCUUCAAGAAGAGGCCUCAUAGCAAGUACACUCUAGAACUAUGUUUCUCGGUCGGAAGGGGAGUAUAUAUCUGGCUGCUAUAG